UCAGCACGACGCUAGCUUUGACUUUUAUAUAAAAUAAGUUGGGUCGGCGUUACAGUUUACGGUAGGGCACUGUAUUUAUUUCAUUUCAUUUAACUUUUCUUUUUUUUUAUUUUUUUUUUUAGACAAUUUCGUAGCAACGAAUUGAAAAAGCCAACCGUUUAACAGCCGUUGAGUUUGCGCUUACUAGCUUUGGAAUCCUGCCGUUGAUGACGUGGCAGCAGUCCUUUAAAUGUAGACAGGAAAGGUCCGAAGCCACCAAUGUUACCCACAAAACCUCCGGGAGAAAAGCCUGCUUUUGUAAGGCACAGAGUUAGACAACUAAUGACCCAUGACUCGACCUUCACCUCCGGACUGGAUUUUGCUAUUCAGAAGACAUCAGAGGUUGGAGUUUUCACGUCUCCAUGGGACCUGUGCAUUGACAACAGUCUUCAAGAAGAUCCUUAUUUUGCCGUCGGUGGCGACACACCCAAAGUUCAGAUUCCCUACAUAACCAUCCCAGGACAAGCUCCUCGACAGUUAGUGGAAGAAAGACUCCGUAGAGGAUACUUGAUUUUAGACUUACUUCAACUCCUGGCAGCAAAAGGCAUAAGGUCUAACAACUUGAUGCCAGUAAAGCCAGACAAGCAGGAUGAUUCUGUUCCUAAGUCAUACAAGCUGGUAUCACCCUUUCUGCCACUUGAGAAAGCUGGCUCUCUCUGGGCAGAAUCAAAGGAUGGUGUAAUCGAAAGCCUAUUCCUGCAUUGGCCUUGCUGCUUACUGAAAGUUCAUACCCUGAGUACAAAUGGCAUUUAGUUGGGGUUCUUGACUAUUCUGCGGAAAAAUGUCAGUACUUA